CGUAUAUAUUCUUCUUCUAGUAGGGGCACCGGCAACCCCCAAACCAUUUGUAACAAUCCCACACACAAACCAUCUUCUCCCUGAUUUGAUUCACCUCCGUUCUCCUCCUCCCAACAAAAAUGGAAUCCAAUACGAACGGCAACUCCGCCGUCUCCAACGCCACCAUCUCCUCAGCCACCGCCGCAUCCUUCCCAUCAGUUCACGGUGCAGUUCCCUCUUCGAAACUCACCCAACUGACGGAGUCCUUAAAACUAGAACAUCAGUUCUUGAGAGUCCCAUUCGAACACUACAAGAAGACGAUCCGCGCCAACCACAGGGCUGUCGAGAAAGAGGUCUCUGCCGUCAUGUCCACUCUCUCAGAUUCCGGUGAUCUCUCCCAAGACGAUGCCGUUAAGCAUCUCAAUUCGCUCGUUUCUAGAUUACAAGGUCUCAAGCGGAAGUUGGAAGAUGGGAGUAGGGCUGAGCAUCUCCAAGCGCAACGGUGUAAGGCCCGACUUGAUCAUCUGGAAUCCGCCGGCGCCGACAAUAUAUCAGAGUGGAACAACACGCGGUUGAAGCGAAUACUGGUAGACUAUAUGUUGCGAAUGUCAUACUAUACCACUGCCACACAGCUUGCUGAAAGCAGUCACAUACAGGAUCUUGUUGAUAUUGAAAUCUUUUAUGAAGCCAAAAGAGUGAUGGAUGCUCUAAGAAACAAGGAGGUAGCUCCUGCUCUAGCCUGGUGUGCUGAUAACAAGUCUAGGUUAAAAAAGUCUAAGAGCAAAUUUGAGUUUCAAUUGAGGCUUCAGGAGUUUAUUGAAUUGGUGCGCAAUGAAAAGAAUCUCCAGGCAGUUACAUAUUCCCGAAAGCACCUUUCACCAUGGGCAGCUUCUUAUAUGAAAGAGUUUCAGAAAGUUUUUGCCACAUUGGCUUUUACUUGUAAUACUGGAUGUGAGACAUACAAGGUUUUAUUUGAUGCAAAGCAAUGGGAUUUCUUAAUGGAACAAUUCAAACAGGAGUUUUGUAGGUUAUAUGGCAUGACUCUUGAGCCUUUGUUGAAUAUCUAUCUCCAAGCAGGCUUAUCAGCUCUGAAAACUCCAUUCUGUUAUGAGGAUGAUUGUCCAAAAGAGGAUCCUCUGUCUCAAGAAAGCUUCCGGAAACUUGCAAUGCCAUUGCCUUACUCAAAGCAGCAUCAUUCAAAACUUGUCUGCUACAUAACAAAAGAGCUCAUGGAUACAGAGAAUCCACCACUUGUUUUACCCAAUGGAUAUGUUUACAGCACUAAGGCUCUUGAAGAAAUGGCACGUAAUAAUAAUGGAACAAUUACUUGCCCAAGAACAAGAGAUGUUUUCAGCUACAACGUCGGCAACAAGGUGUUUUGCAUUACAAGCUCACGAUUGACUCUAGAUAUUCAUAAGGAGGAUGCUUUUGAUGCUAUGAUGAAUCAAGGAGUUACGGACACCAUAACCACCCUGGACCCGAAUUCACUUGAGCAUCACGCUGUUGAUUCAAGCCAUGGACAAGCACAAUCAUAUUAUGCCUCAUCUUCCGCCCCUGAAUCUGCAUCCUGGACCAUGUAUGGAGCUGUUAGCGAUUCCACAGGGAACAAAACUUAUCCCAGUGCCAACUUCAGCCAUGAUCAACGUUCAGAACCUCAAUCAAGAAACCUUCAAGAUGGAUUGAGUGUGGCAUCUGCUGGCACUGUUUCAAGUUCUGGAGCAGCUAAUUUAGAGUAUGCCAACUAUGCAACUCCAACUGCAACUGCAACUGCUACAUACCCGAACAAUGAUCCAUAUGGAUAUGGAAACACAGGAUAUGCAGGUUACUAUAGUAGUAGCUAUCAGCAGCAGCAGCCAAAUCAAUCAUACCCUCAACAGCAGCCAAAUCAAUCAUACCCUCAACAGCAGCCAAAUCAAUCAUAUCCUCAACAGCAGCAGCAGCCAAAUCAAUCAUAUCCUCAACAGCAGCAGCAGCCAAAUCAAUCAUACCCUCAGCAGCAGCCAAAUCAGUCUAGUCAAACGUAUGUUCAGCCUAGUCAAACUUAUGCUCAGCCAGCAGGAGCCUAUCAAAGUACAGGUGCUCCUCAUCAGCCUAUUUCCUCAUUUCAGAAUACAGGGUCCUAUCCUGGGCCUGCAAGUUAUUCAACAACUUAUUACAAUCCUGGUGAUUAUCAGACAUCUGGUGGUUACCCAAGUGCAAAUUACAAUAAUCAGACGAAUUCAUGGAAUCAAGGAAGCUAUCCAAGUUAUGGUCAUCAAUAUCCAAACUACACUACAGACUCUAAUGUUGCUUAUACUGCUCAAAAUAAUACUCCUGUGGCAUCUGUACAAUAUCAACAAGAUUAUAAUAAACAAUGGACAGAUUAUUAUAACCAAACUGAAGUCACAUGUGCUCCUGGGACAGAAAAUGUAUCUUCUACAAGUGCACCCAAUCUGGUGUCUCCUGUUCCUGUUCCUGUUCCUGUUGUUGCCAAUGCUUAUUCUGCUCCAAACAGCCAACAAGUGGCAUCUACUGCUCCAAUUUCAUCAUCUUGGAAGCCAGAAUCUGGCUUAUCUGAGUUACCCUCAGUGCAGCCUAGUGCAGCAAUUAAGAAUGUCCAUGAAAGUUACUGGAAACAAGGGAGUCAAGGUUACCAAAAUUACCAUGUUACCCCAAUGCAAUCAGGCUUUCAGAAGCCUUUGGAAGCCCUCCCUCAAAGACCAAAUGUACAACAAUAUACAGCUUCUCAUCAGGUGCCUCAAACCUAUCAACCACCUCCACAAACUUCUGUACCCUUUGGGGUAAACAAAGUGCAGAUUCCAACAAACCCUAGAAUCUCUUCAAAUUUACCAAAAAACAACAAUUCCACAAUUGGAGCCACAAAACCAGCUUAUAUCGGUGUCUCACUUCCUAACCCUAAUGACAACACAUCAUCACAUGCUGCUGCUGCAGAUUCUGCAGAUAAGCCUGGCACGCUUCCCAAGUCACUACGUGGGUAUGUGGAAAGGGCUUUGGCUCGUUGCAAGGAUGAUAGACAGAUGGCAGCUUGUCAAAAUGUCCUCAAGGAGGUUAUCACCAAAGCAAGUACUGAAGGCACUCUUUCUACACGAGAUUGGGAUACUGAGCCUCUUUUCCCUAUUCCUAACACAGAUACCAUUAAUAAUGAAUCAACUCCUCCAUCACUGAUGAAGAACAGAAGAAGUCCAAAUAGGCGUGCAAAAAGUAGGUGGGAGCCUUUGCCAGAUGAGAAACCAGUUGAGAAACAAUCAUUUUUUACCCCUGAAAGUGUAAAAUCCAGUGGAGGCUUUCAUAGCAUUGAAAGAGAUAAGCAGUUUUCAACAGGAAAACCAGAGAAUAAGGAGAGUAAUAAGUUUAGUAACCUGAGAUUCUUUUUAUCAAAUCAAAAAGAAACAAAUAAAUCUGGUUUUCGUCCAGCUAAAAGGCAACAUAUAGGUGAAGGUAAAAGCGCACCUGUUAACCACAACAACAACAACAACAAUGACUCAUCAUCAAGUGAUAGUGACAAAGAACAAGGCCUAACUGCAUAUUAUGCAAGUGCAAUUACACUUGCGGAUUCACCUGAAGAAAAAAAGAGACGUGAAAGUCGUUCAAAACGUUUUGAAAAAAACCAUGGAAAUCGAACAACAUAUAAUAACAAUAAUAAAGCCAAAAACUUGUACACUAGAAGGGCGUCUAUGUCCAUGUUGGCAAAUAGUAGCAACACCAACACCUCAGAUGAUGGUGGAGGUGCUAGCAGGGCAGUUGAAGAUAUUGAUUGGGACUCUUUAACUGUUAAAGGAACUUGUCAAGAAAUUGAAAAACGUUACUUACGCCUCACUUCUGCACCAGAUCCUUCAACUGUAAGACCUGAGGAAGUAUUGGAAAAGGCUUUGGUUAUGGUUCAAGAGUCUCAAAAGAACUAUCUUUAUAAAUGUGAUCAGCUCAAAUCCAUUCGACAAGACCUUACAGUACAACGGAUACGCAAUGAGUUGACUGUCAAGGUAUAUGAAACCCAUGCAAGAUUAGCAAUAGAAGUUGGAGACUUGUCCGAGAUUAAUCAGUGCCAGUCACAAUUGCAGACUCUUUACGCUGAAGGAAUUAAGGGAUGCCAUAUGGAGUUUUCUGCAUACAAUUUACUUUGUGUUAUCUUGCACUCAAAGAACAAUAGAGAUCACUUGUCAGCCAUGUCUAGAUUAUCAGUCGAAGCAAGGAAAGACGAAGCAGUAAAACAUGCUCUUGCAGUGCGUGCAGCCGUGACAUCCGGAAACUAUGUCUUGUUUUUCAGAUUAUAUAAAAUUGCUCCUAACCUCAACACGUGUCUUAUGGAUCUUUAUGUGGAGAAGAUGCGGUAUGCAGCUGUGAAAUGCAUGACCCGAUCAUAUCGGCCAACACUACCUGUGAAUUAUGUGGCUCAGGUUCUUGGAUUCCAAGAAAAUGGGUUGGAGGAGUGUACAGAAUGGUUGAAGGCUCAUGGUGCAUCUCUUGCUAUGGAUAAUUCUGGAGAGAUGAUGAUUGAUGCCAAGGCUUCCAUGGCUUCUUUGUUUAUGCCAGAGCCAGAUGAUGCAGUGUCCCAUGGGGACGCCAGUCUUGCUGUUAAUGAUUUUUUGACACGUUCAUUGUCAUAAUCAUAAAUCAUAAAUCAUAAAUCAUAAAUAAAUAAAUAUAUCAAGAGAGUCAAGACAAGACACAUGUAAAACAAAACUAGGUUUUUGCUGACGUGGAUCCUGGAGAAAGCCAGCCUGGAAAUUUAAUACGUGGCUGGGUUUUUUUGAUGUUGGGAUCGAUAGUGUACUACUAGUAGUAUCAUGGAAUAGAAAAAAAAAACAGAUGAGGUGAGAUGAGAUGUUGUUUUGAUUAGAAUCAGAUGUUCAUUCUUUUUUUCUAUAGAGCCGUUAUAAUGUGUAUGGCAAGAUAGAUUUUGUGGAUAAGUUAUUGGUUUAAAUUUUGUAAUUUGAUUGCUUAUGUUGUGGUGUAGCUC